UGUUACUUUUUUAGCUAGUUUCAUUUUAUUCGCCGUAAUAAUUAAUUAUAACUAGAAUGUCUGUCUCACCAAUAAAAUUAUUAGUUACCUCGACAUUUUUAUUAAUAUCACCAAUUGAUAAAAUUUCCUGUAAUUUUAUUCACCCGAUAGCCAAGUUCUCGAGUACGAAAUCCGAUUCUGAUGUUUUGACGUUUAUCAAUCGCACUGAGUGGAAAGCUCUGCCAACUACGGAACCACUUGAGAAAUUGGAUGUCAUUCCGACUCCAUAUGUUAUGAUUUACCACACGGGUACUGAAACAUGUUUUAAUCUAGAGGAUUGUGCCAAAAUUGUCCGACGUCUUCAAGCUAGAUACAUCACAACCUAUCCUUGGGAUCGGGACAUAGGUUUCAACUUUGUCAUCAGCGGUGACGGCAGCGUGUACGUCGGACGCGGAUGGGACACCGUUGGCGCUCACACUCUUGGAGCUAACAGGAAGAGCAUCGGGAUCGCUUUAAUUGGAACAUUUUACGACCAAUCACCAUCUGCUAACCAACUUUUCUCCGUUGUAAAUCUCAUUAGAUUUGGCAUCUGUAACAAUCACAUUGCUAAAGAAUUUAAAUACUAUUCUUAUCCUGAAAUGUCCUUACUAUUGAAAGCUAAGAAUAAAUUGCCCGACAUUAAUCAAGUAGUGGAUCCAUGAAUAAAAAUAUUUAUAACCAUUACAAUUUUAUUGUUAAUCAUUUAAGUCAAUGAAGCAAUAAAAAAGUUUUACUAUUCCAAAAUAAAAUCUAAAUAUAAAUUAUUA